AUGGCGACAGAUAAUUCCCAGUGUAUCUCGUUAUUGUCAUCAUCUUUACGGAAACCACAGCCACAAAAUCCAUAUCCCGUCGAUUACAUUGGAAGCUUUAUGACACUGGUCUCUAAAUACGGUUUACGAUACCAAGGCUUUCUCUAUCAUCUCAAUCACGAUGAAAAGACCCUAUGUCUUAUAAAUGUGAUAUGUUACGGCACGGAGGGCAGGAACCUUAUCGGGUUUCAUAUUCCACCUUCUUAUGAACUUUAUAGUUACAUUGUUUUCACCACAACUCAGAUAAAGAAUGUAGUAGUUGAUUCUCCAGCGAGCUUAGCAAGAGGACUAAGUAGUAAGAUUUAUCGUCCCCCAAAACCACCACUCCCAUACCAAUAUCCCAGUUCAAAUUACUAUGAUCCUUGGUUGAACCAUGCUUACCAACCUAUGCCUUGUGCUCCACUUUAUCAAGAUCCCACAUAUGCUGCACCGUCAUCGAUUGCUUCUCAAAGUUUCUUUACCACUUAUCCAUCUGUCCGAUUUUCUCUUGGGCAGGGUAAUGGAGGGUUUGAUUUUGAAGCACUGACUAAGAACUUUGAGCCGUACAAGCUAUGGGGUCCUGAAGGAGACAACAAGCAAGAAGAUCAAACUUCUUGUACUGUUGAUGGAUCUUCUUAUCAGAACGAGACAUGGAAUUAUAGUGAUGAUGGAUCUUCUUAUCUGAACGAGAUUUGGAAUUAUCUAGUAAACAACAAUCAAGAAGAUCAAACUGCUUGUACUAUUGAUAAAUCUUCUUACAUGAACUCGCGCAAGCCGUUUGAUCCUAUCGGGAGACCUUGGAAUCCGUUUGGCCCUAUCGAGCGAUCCUUCUCAUAUCUUCCCUCUAGUCAUGAACUGGCAGAUUUGGGAUUUGUGUAA